GGGCAGAAUCAAAACCCAAGCCGCCCGUAAUUAGGAUUCCUUAUCCUUUUUGAGAAAGGGAAAAGGGCAGAAUAAAAAUCCAACCCGCCCCGAAAUUUAUCAAAAUCGAGACUUGUUGAUUUCUGGGAAUUAGGUCUUGCUUGCGCGAGUGUUAUCAUGCCGAAGAACAAGGGAAAGGGAGGCAAGAACAGAAAGAGAGGGAAGAACGAGGCCGACGACGAGAAGAGAGAGCUGGUUUUCAAGGAGGACGGGCAGGAAUACGCUCAGGUCCUCCGUAUGCUCGGAAAUGGCCGCUGUGAAGCCAUGUGCAUCGACGGCACCAAGCGCCUCUGUCACAUCCGUGGCAAGAUGCACAAGAAGGUUUGGAUCGCCGCCGGUGACAUCAUCCUCGUCGGCCUCCGUGAUUAUCAGGAUGAUAAGGCUGAUGUUAUUCUGAAGUACAUGCCAGAUGAGGCCAGAUUGUUGAAGGCAUAUGGAGAGUUGCCAGAGAACACGAGGCUCAACGAGGGCAUUGCUGGUGGAUUGGAUGAAGAAGAUGAGGGUGCUGCUGAUGAUUAUCUCGAGUUUGAGGAUGAGGACAUUGAUAAGAUAUAGAUAGUUGAAACCCCUCAAGUAUUGAGUUAUAUAUCUCUGUGGAGUUUCAUGUCAGUUUAAGUAGAGAGGGGAGAACUUAUUUGUAACGUUUUAAGUGAUACAAUGAAGCCUUGUGCAUUGGGUUUCAUAUAUGAAGUUUUGUGCUUUUGAUCAAAUGGAUGGAAUAAUAUUUGCUCUUUUAGUUAUCUGUGUGGUUGAUUUGGUAAA